AUGAGAUCACUUCUAUUAGUUAUAGGUAUGUUAUUAGUGUGGUGCAGUGUAGUUUGCCAAGGUCAAUAUGGUGGUGGGGGCGGAGGUCCUUAUGGCGGAGGUGGUGGCGGUGGUGGUCCGUAUGGCGGGGGUGGUGGCGGAAGUAGUCUAGGCGGUGGAAGAGGUGGGGGUUUUGGUCGAGGUAGCGGCGGUGGUGGUGGAGGCGGCGGAGGUGGUCCAGACGGAGGCUACGGGUAUGGCGGUGUGGGUCCAAAUGGAGGUUACGGCGGUGCUGGCGGUAACGGCGGUUACGGUUACUCUACUGGUGGUGGCCGUGGUGGUAGCGGUUCCAGCGGUCAAGGUUAUGGCUAUCAUUACUAA